AGGGGACGCCGUGUGUUUUGAUGUACAGUACACCCGCUGCGACGCGCCGCUGUGCGCAUUGAGACGCUCCGAGCGCGCGACGGGGGAGCCUCUCAGUCUCGCUUCAGAAUGACACGAACAGAACCGAUGCGCGGAAACCCUCCGGUUUAGACAAAAGUAUUUUAGGAGGUAAUACCAGUCUGAUGAUUAAAAUUCUCCAGUCCUCUACCCUCUACUAGUGGGCCGGCAGGAUGGGGGAAGGGCCCGUGGUCAGGCCCUCGGCUGCUAUCACACCCAUGCAGCAGAUGCUGGCGUCUGGCACUGGGGCUCUACUAACAUCUCUUUUUGUCACACCAUUGGAUGUAGUGAAGAUCAGACUUCAAGCCCAGCAAGCUCCCCUCUAUCAAGCUGUAGCAUCAGAGUCAAGGCCCUGGGCUAGGGUCAUCCGUCCUUCAAAAUGGAAAUGCUUCCUCUAUUGUAACGGGUUGAUGGACCAUGUCUAUGUGUGUCAGAAUAUGUCGAGCUGCUCCAGCUGGUACAAAACCCCUACACACUUCAGCGGGACCGUGGAUGCAUUUGUAAAGAUCACUCGUAACGAGGGGCUGAGGUCUUUGUGGAGCGGUCUUCCUCCCACACUGGUGAUGGCGGUUCCUGCCACAGUCAUCUAUUUCACCUGUUACGACCAGCUGCGAGACUUCCUGCGUUACAGCAUGGGCUAUCAGGGGGACCAUAUCCCUCUCAUAGCAGGAGGGUUAGCAAGAUUGGGAGCGGUGUCUGUGAUCAGCCCUCUGGAGUUAGUUCGGACUAAGAUGCAGUCCCGCAAGCUACCGUACAGCGAGCUGAUGGUGUGCAUCCGCUCGGCUGUAGCUCAGGAUGGCUGGUUAUCUCUCUGGAGAGGCUGGGGACCCACUGUCCUACGGGACGUGCCCUUUUCCGCCCUGUACUGGUUUAACUAUGAGCUAGUGAAGGCACAGCUGUGUGAGCGAUACAGGGCUCCACAGACCUCCUUCACCAUCAGUUUUACAGCCGGGGCCGUCUCAGGAGCCAUCGCAGCAAUUCUGACCCUGCCGUUUGACGUGGUGAAAACACGCAGGCAGAUCCAGUUAGGAGAAAUGGAGGCACUCGGAGCAGUCUCUGUGAAGAAACCCUCCUCCACGUGGAACAUGAUGAAGAAUAUCUGGAUAGACAUGGGAUACAGGGGUUUGUUUGCAGGUUUUCUUCCAAGAGUGAUCAAAGUUGCUCCCGCCUGUGCAGUCAUGAUCAGCACUUAUGAGUUCGGGAAAACUUUCUUUCAGGAGCGUAAUCUGAAUCAGGCGAGAUGUGGACUUUGAGAUGAGCGAGAGGACCAGAGGCUCCUCCUCAGCAACUACUGCAAACAUCGAUGACUUUAGUGCUCUGAAAUACUUUAAUAGUUGGGUGAUAUGUGCCUACUGACUGGCACAAGGACUAAAAGCUGUGAGACUUAAACCACUUCUUUGCAUCUGAGAUGAAAGACUUGUGUUAUGAUGCAUCAAUAAAUGCACAAAUUCCCCACAAACCCUGUGAUGCCUUAAGUAACCGUACCAAAGCAUGCUGGCAGAAGCACUACCUCCCAAUAAUGCCCCACUUAUUGAAAUGGCUGCCGGUUGAAGGUGACAUCCAGGUUGUUGUUUCUGUAAUGCAUGUCUUUAGUCCCUUUCAUUAAAGACAGUGCUGCCCUCUUCUGUUCAUAUUGAAGAAACCUCAGCCGACAAAUGGACUGAAUGGAUAAACUACUCAAUACUGAGCUCUACAGUGUCUUUAUUUUCAGAAAGAGCGAGAGAAAAAUAUUUUAUUUGUUUUCUUUUUUUGCAAAUAUUAAACUCUCCUGAAGUAAAAUACUUGUCUUUUUAUGGGCACUGGACUUGGGAAUAGCCACAAGAACAUUUUUGAAGUUUUGUUUAUGCAUUGAGAAUAUAAUGCAAUUUUUUUUUUUUGUUUUGUUUGUUUGUAAGGCAAGAAUUGUUCUUGUGUGUAGUGGAUGGGUCUCUGGUCUCGUCCUGUUUGCUACACAUGUUCACUGCAUUUAGUUCAGAUAUGAACUGCUGUAAACUUAUUGCUGACUUGAAAUUAUUACAGUUCUCAGAUAGUAUUUAAUAAAAGACCUUUAAGAAAUGUAAUGUGUAUUACUGCACUCUACGUGAAUCAUACUA